UCGCUUCAGUCACUUCUCCACGAGUGCCGGAAGGAUCGCAGGUAUCGCAGCUUCCCAUCCAGUAGUAUCACUUCCAUCUUCAUUCAGCAGCUCAUAUUUCACUGUGAUUGCAUUGUUGCUUGUAGGUUCACGGGUUAUCAGUUUAGGAAAAAAUAACCAACAAUCAUGGGUGAAAGAGUUGUGCUGCACUAUUUCAAUGGGAGAGGGAAGAUGGAGUCUAUUCGCUGGCUUUUAACAGUCGCAGAAGUCGAGUUUGAUGAGAAGUUUUUGGACACCCGCGAAGAGUAUUUAAAACUCGUAAAUGAUGGAAAGCUCAUGUUUCAACAGGUGCCAUUGGUGGAAAUCGAUGGCAUGAAGCUCGUUCAGACAAAAGCCAUCUUAAAUUACCUCGCCGAGAAGUACAACAUGCAUGGAAAGGACCUCAAAGACCGUGUCAUGAUCAACAUGUACUCCGAGGGACUGAUGGACCUCAUGGAAAUGAUUAUGGUGCUGCCCUUCAAUCCAGACCCCACAGCCAAACUGGAAGAGAUUGAGAAAAAAGCAAAGGAACGCUACUUUCCUGUGUUUGAAAAGGCUCUGACCGGACCCGUGUACCUGGUGGGAGGCAAACUAAGCCUCGCAGAUGUGCUGCUGGUUGAAUGCACCCUGAUGCUAGAGGAGAAAUGCGUUGGGAUUCUCAAAGACUUCUCUGCUGUUAAGUCUUUCCAGGGCAGGAUGAUCCAAAUCCCUGCCAUCAACAGGUUUCUGCAGCCAGGCAGUAAGAGGAAGCCACCCCCGGGUGAAAACUAUGCAAAGGCUGUCAUAGAAAUCUUCCAGAUCAAAAUAUAACCUCAGUAAAACCCAUUACAUUCCUGCUACAUUCCUCAUUAGGCUGCAUUAUAUCUGCAGGCCUACGUGGAAACAAAUGCUGCACUAACACUAUGGAAAGCAUAUGAAUCUUGAUGUGUGAUCUUUCCUAACAAUGUGAAAUAAAUAAAUGUUGAUCUUCCAAAAAUA